UCCUGCCGCAGUUGUGGAGUGGAUGAAGCGGUGCGUCUCUGAAGGAUGGCGGAGUACUAAUAAAUCAGCCCGAGUUCGUCGAAAACAGCAGAGAGGAGCUGCGCAAAGUUACCGUACCUGCAGGAAAAUUCUCCCGUAACAAGGGCAUCGGCCUCGCUCUCCAGCUGCCAGCAUGAUGAAGGACUGCCUGCAGUUCCUUAUCGAGCCGGCCAAAAAGCUCAAGAUCCGACUCAAGGAGUCUCGUAAGCGAGUCAGGCUCGAGAAGAAGGAGCCGCUGCUGGAAAGUCAGUUAUUUAUUAUGGAGUUAGCUCGAGAACUCAACAAAAUCUGCCAGAGGUCAAACAUCCUGGGCCACAUCUGGACCAGCGAGGACAUCUGGCCAGCCAGCGUGUGUCGCGACUUUAUCGUGGAGUGGGCUGCGGUUUUGGAGAAGAGAGUCCAGCCGAGGAUCAUCCCGUCUGACUUCCAGUACGAGAGGCCGGAGAAGAAGGACUGGAAGGGUCACCUCCUCUGCAUGCUGGAGGCGGGAGGGGAGUGCGACAUGGGACCACACAAGAGGGUCAUCAUGGACUGGACCCGGGAGAUUAAAAGCAGACCUCAGCCGACCGUGUGGCCAGGUGAGCCCGUGCUCAUGAUGCUGGACGACCUGGAGUUCCAGUGGAAGAGGGGCCGUCUCCCCAACCUGCUCCCCGCCAUGGAGCUCGUCCUGCUGGCCGUGCUGAACGCAGACAGCCCCGUCAAGGAGGACGUGACUAAGCAGUGGCUGGUGGCGAAGCAGAGGAGCCAGAGGAUCGACGCUGUCCGCUACAUCCCCCACAGCGUGUGGAACUGGAUCUGUGAUGCAGCAGAGGACGUGACUCUGGACUCGGACUCAGCCAACCCAGACCUGAUCAUCUCCAGCGAUGAAAAACGGAUGCGUUGCGGCCUGGAGCGCCGCGAGGUCCCAUGGUGCCGGAGGCGCUUCGACGGCUGGUGGUGCGCCGCGGGCCAGGAGGGCUACGCCUCCGGACGUCACUACUGGGAGGUGGAGGUGGGCGAGCGGGACUGGCGGCUGGGGGUGGCGAAGGCGUCGGCCGUGAGGCAGGGCUUCCGCUCGCUCAACACAGACACGGGCUACCUGACCCUGCGUCUGGAGCGGGGCACCGAUCUGAAAGCCCUGACGGUGCCCGCCACGCCGCUGUCGCAGAGCUUGGCGCCCAGGAAAGUCGGGGUGUACCUGGACUAUGAGCAGGGCCAGCUGUCCUUCUACGACGUGGAGAAGCGCUCUCACCUGUACACCUUCAACGAGAAGUUCACAGAGGAACUGUACCCCGUGUUCGGGACUGUGGAGGUGGUCAAAGACCUGGCCAUCAGGCCCGCGGACGUCAGACAGCCGUGCCUCUGCCCCGGGCCCUGCCUCUGGAACUGAACUGCUUCUAACACACAUCACUUCUCAGUCCUGAUCCUCAGCGGCCGACAGAGUCUGUGCUUUUCCUCUGGUCAGUUGUUUAGUGAGUCGUGCUGGUUCUAGAUUCAAAGUCUUUCUGCCGGUUGCCUCGUGAGGUCAGGAACAAGAACCGCCAUCAUUCUGCAUUACACUUUGUGUUACUCGGCCUUCAUGGAGACGUACAGUGUUUGACUCUUUGUAUUGUAAAGAUGACUAUUUUAAUGCUGUCAGGUUAAAACCUCAAAAGCCAACAGCCUUGUUUUUAGCUGAACGACGUGUUUUUUUUUCACUGUCCAAUAAGAUUUGAAGGGAUUUAGGAAUCCACAUAUUUCUUUUAUUUAAAGGUUUUCACUCCAUAACAACAAUAUGGUUUUUGGUCUCAUUUUUUAUGACUAACUUCAGUAAUGUUAUAAAAGCAUGAAGGCGCUGUGCGACCAGCUACUUAGAGCCUCUGUGCAGUAACAGUGCAGCUGAUGAGGGCUUGCUAACAUGUGCAGGCAGAUAAUUAAAGACCAGGUUGACGCAUGUUAAGAGUUAAUUCUCACUCUGUUUGCUUCUUUGUUUCAAGCGUUCGUCAGGCAUGAGCUUGUGUUUGCAGCUGUGUUUCUGUUAAUGCGUACAAUAUAUAAAGAUGUUUUCUUUUUUCCUCCUCCCUAACGUCAAUAAAUGAAGUGUAAAUGCUC